CAUCUAACAAGAUACAUCUUGUUGGGAUACAUCUAAGAGGAACUCGGGAAAUUCCGGAUCAGCCGUGGGGCAAGAAGCUGACUGUCUCCAAGCCUGGAGGCAUCUGGGUUGGCAUCCAAUCAUUUCAACGAGGCCGCAGUGUGAACACAUGAGCAGAAGAAGAAAGUUUAUUCUUGCCUCAGUUCUUGCUCUCCAAAAUUCAAGUUUUAUAUAUCCUUCAUGUCAGAAAUGCCUCUCUCGGAUAAUCCUAGUCUCCAACAGGUCUAAUUGUCUAAAAUGUGGCUCUACUGGUGAAAUUGAAAAUGUCAGGUAUAGAUAUAAACUUCCCUUAAAAGUUGCAGAAUCAAACAGAUUAUUUGCCAUUACUGUAUUUGGAAGCUGCUUAGACACAUUUUUUGGUCUUACAGCUACUGGUUUGCAUAGUUACCUACAGGACUCUGAUGGAAUUCCAGAAACUCUGAACAGUACUGCAGUUCAGAACCUGCUGACUAAAGCAGUUGAAGCAUCCUUCGUUGGACGAAGUUUUAUUUUUGGAGUGACGAAUUUUAAAAACCAUUAUGGGCACAGUUCAGACGCCAGUAACUUCAGAAAGCAGUUCUUUGACCAAAAUAAAGAAGUUAGAGAGCUUGUAGCUUGCCAGAUUCUUCUUCCAGACCCAGGAGUUCAAGGUUUCACUGUCUUUGACUACUUUUGUCAACUUUUGGAUUUCAAAAAGCAUCGUUGUGAUUCUCAGGCAUGUAAUAGCUACCUCCUUGCUUUAGAACACUCAGAUAGUGAUCUCAGCAACAUAGAUGGCUCUGACAAAAGUUCUUGUCUUUCUGGGUACCAUAGUAGAAAGGUAUUUUCAAGAUCCUGGCAGCUCUCACUGGAACUCAUUUCCGUUAAUUCACAACCUGCAGAUAAUGAUGAUGAUGAUGAAGAAGAAGAAGAAAAGGAAGGUUUUCUGGCUUCUGAACCAUGCAAGGCUAUUGGAACUCAUCACAAGCACAAAAUGUGUCCCUCCUUGGCAAAGGUCACUAAUUCCGAUAGCUACUCUAGUGCCAUUCAGGGCUCUUGGAGCUUUAUUUCAUAUAUGGAUAAGAAGGGUUUAACACAAAAGUUGGACGAAGCACUGGACUUACAGUCUGUUCAGCCAAGUGCAGUUCAAAGCUGUCAUGAAAUUGAAGUUAAUAAUUCUCAGUUGUUUCCUUUGAAAAUACAAGAGUGCCCAGAGACAAGAAACACAAAAUCCUUCCACGAUGCACGCGAUAUUAAAAUUAGAUAUUCCCCACUUGAGCGAACAGCUCACCAGCAUCAUGAUGUAGAUAUCCACCUUAGUUUUCAGGGGAGAUCUAGCUGUUGUACACCUUCAUCGUUCAGACUAGAAGAGAAAGCUCAUGGUUCCCAGAACUGUGACUCUGAAAUUUGGGAUGAACUGCCGUUCUCUGAAAGCCUAAACAAGUUUCUGGCAGCUGUUGAAAGUGAGAUUGCCACUUCUCAACCUGAUGCCAAAAGUGGGAAUUGUAACCUAGACAGUGACACUGAUAAAUUACAUGCACACUAUAGCAGAUCAUCUGUGACUCCCAAAAACACAAGAGCCUUGCGUACACCACCUGUCUCUUUAAGGUUGUCGCAAGCAACAGUCAAAGCAAGUUCUAGCAAAGACAACAACCUUUCUUACUGUGAAGCAAAUCCAAGUCCUAGUAUACAAAUGGACUCACCACGAGAUAACACAGCUGAGAUUGUCUCUAAAAGUAGUAUUAGAAGAGAUAUAUCCAACUGUUUUUUACCAAAUCCUUAUCUGUCAGCUGCGUUUUCAUCUUCAGAAGAUUUAAGGACAAGAAAUACUCCUAAAUAUAUCAAAAUUCCACCACAUAGACCUGAAAUUUCACAUAUGCACAGUACUUCAGAGAAUGACCACACUUCUCUCAAUAUUCGAUACUUUAAUGAACCUGGAGAAAUAUCACAUUUAGAAAUGAGUGAGAACUUGGCAACUUUUCACUCUAAGAGAUAUAGUGAUGUUUCUGACCUUUGCGACUUAAAGAGGCUAAAGAAUCAAGGUAAUAAUUUUACAAUUUGCAGAAAACUUACGUAUCCUUUAGAAGAUCUUUGCAGUAGUUCGAAUAGGUGUACAAAUACCUUGAAGGAAAUGCCUUGUGAACAUAUCAGCACUAACUUAACACAGAACUGUUCUGGUCAUGAAGGUAGCUACAAUGCUUCUGCUGACCUCUUUGAUGAUAAUAACAAAGAAAUAGACAUGGCAACAGAAAUCACAAAACAAUCACAGGAUACUUUAUUGCAGUGGGGAACUUCUUUGUCAGAGAGUCCUCAUAUGGAAUCUGAAUUUUCACCGAAACCACUUUCUGAAAAUUUCAGUCAAUCUUCACAAAAAUCCUUGGAAAACAAGUCUGCCUCUUUGUACUCAAGAACAUGCUUUUCUCCCCCUUACUUUCAUUCAGAUUCAGAAUAUGAAUUUGAAGAUAGUCAAGAUUUUGUUCCAUGUUCACAGUCUACUCCACUUGCAGGAUUCCACCGAACAAGAAUUCAAGGAAUGAAAGGAACUUCCAAAAUACUACCUAAUUUUUUUACAGGUCUUGAUACUAACUAUAGAAAAACAAAUAUUUCCUCCCAAAAUUACAUGCAGCAGGCCAUCCCUAGCUGUCCAGAAGCUAUUUUAACACUCAAGCAGAAAUCCGAAAGUUCUCUUACACAACCAGAGGUUUCCAACAACUGCCCUAUUACUGGGUGUCUUGAAACUGACAUUGAUGAAUGUGUUCCUCCUUCCACAAAAAAAGUAUUUCCUUCAGAAAUGUUUGGAUUCCAAGUCUUGGGUAAGAGAUGUCUUACUUCCUGUCAUUCUAAUCAAAAAGAGUUACCAAUGAAGAAACUAAAAUAUGUCAAACAAAGAACUAAAAAGUGUUUAAUUAAGAGGGAGUUAAGUUUAAAGACUGUAACUAAAGCACUGGUUACCAAACAGAAGACGCAUAUCAGAACAAGGGCGGGCGGGAUUUCCAGGGAGUCAGUUUUGGGGCAUGAUGCUUGUUUAGAAGUCAGCCGUUAUCUUCCAUGUUCAGAAAAGUGGCUUCUUCCAGUUCCUGAAACGAACAGUGCUUGGUCUCCUGAAUUAUUUUAAUGAGAAAUCACCUGAAUCUAAUUACUAACUUGUAAAGGUAAAUCAGUUUGAAAACUUUUUCCAGUGCUAUGGAAAGCAUUCUUUGCCCCUUUUUUAGCAAGAAUAAGAGUAGAAAAGCGGUUCUGUUGCACCUUUUAAGAUGACGUAAAGCCUUGUUUUUCCCUGUGUUAUUCUGUUACAGUUUGGCACUUUAUCUUACAUUGUUGAAGAAUGUACUUUAAUAUAUAUUUUGCUUGUGAAAAAUAUUUGUUAAAUUUACAUGUACAUUUCAGAAUAAAGCUUUUGUAAA